AUGGCAGGCUUGCUGAAGAAGACCACUGGCCUGGUGGGAUUGGCUGUUUGUGAAACUCCACCGGAACCAGGUGUUAAAAACCUAGAAGAGCGACUGCAGGGUGGCCAAAUAGAAGAGGUGAUUCUUCAUCUUCAGGCUGAAAACGACCUAAGUCUGGCAAGAAAAAUGAUCCAGUGGAAACCAUGGGAGCCUUUAGUGGAAGAGCCUCCAGCCAGCCAAUGGAAAUGGCCAAUAUAA